AUGGCAGCGCUCGCCGGGCCCUGGUGGCGCGCGGCGCGGGGCGGCUGCGGUUGGCCGCGGGUCGCGCGCCUCUGCCGGCCCCCGGGCCCCGCCUGCGCCCCGCACCGCCGCGGGCUGCGGCACGGCCCCGGGAGCCUGGGCGCUCGCGGCCGCCUGGGCGCCGGGCUGGCGGCCGCGCUGGCCGGGAUGACGGGGCUGGCGGCCGCCGCCUUCGGGCACGUGCAGCGCGCGGAGAUGGUGCCCCGGAGCUCGGGCACCACGCGGGGCCGCUCGCCGGGCCGGCGCGGCGGCGACGACGACGACGAGGAGCCCGACGAGCUGACGCGUCGCUGCGGCUCCUUCAUGGCCUCGCCCGUGACCGACCUGCGCGAGCUGCGCCGGCGGCCCGAGGACAUGAAGACCAAGAUGGAGCUGAUGAUCCUGGAGACGCAGGCACAGGUGUGCCGGGCCUUGGCGCGGGUGGACGGCGCCGCCAGCUUCUCGGUGGACCGCUGGGAGAGGAAGGAAGGAGGUGGAGGCAUCACCUGUGUGCUGCAGGAUGGCCGUGUUUUUGAAAAGGCCGGAGUGAGCAUUUCUGUUGUCCAUGGGAAUCUUUCUGAGGAAGCAGCAAAACAGAUGAAAGGCAGAGGAAAAGUGCUGAAGAUUAAAGAUGGUAAACUGCCAUUUACUGCUAUGGGCGUGAGCUCUGUAAUCCACCCCACGAAUCCUCAUGCUCCCACGAUGCACUUCAACUACAGAUACUUUGAAGUAGAAGAGGCUGAUGGUAACAAGCACUGGUGGUUUGGUGGCGGAUGUGACCUCACUCCAAUGUACUUGGACCAAGAAGAUGCCGUCCACUUUCACCGCACGCUGAAGGAGGCUUGUGACAAGCAUGGGCCAGAUCUCUACCCUAAAUUUAAAAAAUGGUGCGAUGACUACUUCUUCAUCGCGCACCGCGGGGAGCGGAGGGGCAUCGGGGGCAUAUUUUUCGAUGACCUCAACUCUCCAUCCCCGGAGGAGGUGUUCCGCUUUGUGAAGAGCUGUGCCGAGGCUGUGGUUCCCUCUUACGUUCCCCUUGUGGAAAAGCACUGUGACGAUGCCUUUACCCCCCAGGAGAAGCUGUGGCAGCAACUCAGGAGAGGACGGUAUGUAGAAUUUAAUCUGGUAUAUGAUCGGGGCACAAAGUUUGGCCUCUCCGUUCCAGGAUCCAGGAUCGAAAGCAUCUUGAUGUCUUUACCUCUGACUGCCCGAUGGGAAUACAUGCAUUCGCCCUCAGAGAAUUCCAAAGAAGCGGAGAUCCUGGAAGUCCUGCGCCAUCCUAGGGACUGGGUGCAUUGACGCUGGAAUGUGGUGGGCACAGGGUGUGUCCCCUCUCCAUUGGCAGUCACUGUUGCCACCGUGUGGCUCUCAGUUCUCCGUGCCUUAGUGUUUGGGAUCUUGUCAUUAAUGGGUGGUAAGGUGGCAGUGAUGGGUUGUGAAGUCAAAUGUCACAAUUGUACUAUUGUUUUUUUUUUGAGAUAGGGUCUCACUGUAGUCCAGGCUGACCUGAAUUCACUAUGUAGUCUCAGGCUGGUCUCGAACUAUGGCCAUCCUCUUAGCUCUACCUCCCAAGUGCUGGGAUUAAAGGUGUGCGGCACCACACCCGGUUCUUAGUUAUACUUUUAUUUUCACUUUACAUGAGAAAUUUAUAAAAGUUGACAUUCAGUUUCCAAGUAUGAAGAUAAGAGAAUCCGAGUUCUAAAAUGCACCAAGAAAGUUCUCUCGCCUUGUUUGUGCUUCUUAAAGUCACAGUCACUGCCACAGAAACACGCCAGAGACACAUUUUGUCUUUAUUACUUCAGAGGAGCUGUCCUCCUUGAUAAUUUUAGAAUUCAUCUUGAGGAUAGUUUUGUCAUUCCUGAAGUCUCUAAUUUUAAUCCAGCUUCCUCUACAGACCAGAAUGAUGUAAAAUAUAUUUUCAUAAUGAUAAGGGUUUAGGAAUACCUGAAUGUUUUUAGUCUCUUCAUGUGUUCAAGAUUCCCUGUUGUUUACAACUCUAAAUGACAUUACUGUUAUUUAAAUAAGGGACAUCUAUGUUGUAAGUUUGACUUCUAUGCAACUAUAAUCUAUUAAUGUUGGGAUUCUCUAAACUUUUCCUAGCGAAGCUUAUAUCCCUGGAUUCUGAUACUUACAGGUUGUUUGUCUUUCAGACGUUUCUUUAUGGAUGUCUAAGAACAAUUACGAGACAUGAAUUUAGGAAAUGUUUUUCAUUUGGAAAAUGAAAUAAAAACAUUUUCCUUUUUAGCUAAAAGGAAUGAGUACGGCAUGUAGGUGUUUCAUAGUUUUCUUUUGUUUUGAAAAUAGACUAAUUAAAAUGUUCUGUCUUUCAGAUUAGAGAUUCUGCAACUCUUAUCUCUUAAGAGAAAAACCAUAACAAAACUCUUAAUGUAUGAUUCUUUAUCUGUGUGAUAGCAUGGAUGCAUUGUUUUAUUUGAUUCCUAAUAUAUUGAAGCUUGUAAGAGGCAGAGUCUCACAUAUAUUUAAAUAUUAUCCUGAAAUAUGUUGGAUGUAUGUGAUUUGUGUGUGCUGUGUGGCUCUUUUAGGACUAGAAAAAUGUACACAUUCCUCAACAUGUUCUACAGUAGAUCCAACUAAUAAAAUUUGUUACUAAAUAAUAAUAAGUAUGUAUAUUCUUUAUUUUGUUGGGAUAAUUGAUACAGAAACAAAACAUGCAUUUCUCAUUACUACAACUAUACAUCUGUAUGCUGAAGUAUUUUACCCAAUAAAAAUACUAUACUUAA